AUUGGCGGCAGGGAGACAGCUGAUCUGUGACUGGAGUGUGCAUGGUAGGAAGUGGAGUAGAAUCCGGUAGCGAUCCGGAAAUGGAGGAUGAAAAUUUUGGCGCGGAAGGUGGAGAUAGUGAAUGGAGUACAGUAGGAAAUCGGAAAAGGAAGAAAAAUAGAAGAAAUGAAUCGGAAACUGAAAGUGAGAAUGGAUUACACGUGACAAGGGGAAGGAAAGAAGAGUUUAAGCCAAGUACACUCCACACUCCAGAUCAGUAGGUGGCGGAAAUGCACCAUUUAUGUUGGUCUGCCAAACCGCCAUUAAACACUAGUAGAAGAAGAAGAAGAAGAAGAAGAAGAACAUCGUUUCGUUUGCGCCAAUGUUGUUUCACAGCUCGUCAUGGCUGAAUCCAGUACUUUGACAUGCGAAGAAAAGCAACACGAAAACGUGCCUGUGUAUGAGUUUAUAGAUGUAAACUCUAAGGAGUUUCAUAUCGGCGCGUUUAGAGAUUUGUGGCUGGAUGUGUUGAAUCCGGAGGUGUAUUCAUACGGUGAGCCAGCUCCAGAGAUAGAGGACGUGGAGUUCAUUGAAGAGAUGGGGAUUGAGCCAAAGACACUGGAGGAACUCAAAAGAAUAUGUUGUCUUUUAAGUGUUGAUUCUCUGAGAAGUCGACAUGAAGACACAGACAACGUACCAUCAGAUCUUCAUUUAUCCACUCUAAAAUUACGCAAGAGAAGACAAGAUUAUAAAGAAACUCUCACCAGAGACACUGCUGACAGACAUGAAGUCUAUGCCAAUGAAAUGGAGAUGAUGUCUGUGGGUAAGAAGCCUGAUAACCUCAGAGACCUGAUUCCUGAAGGAGAAAUCAUAUUGACCUUUAAUAUUAUGUAUCCCAUUCUGUUUCAGCGGUUUAAGUUUGUGAGGGCAUAUCAGACUCUGCAUGUGUUGGGCUCUCAAAAGCUGAGUGAUCUUAGAGAUGCCAUCUGCUGCGUCAGUGACCUGCAGGUGUUUGGAGAGUUCAGCAACACUCCGGAUAUGGUACCACAGUUCAUCAGCAAGGAUCAUUACAAGUCUGCUUUCUUUUUCUUCAAUGGAACGUUCUUCAAUGACACACGGUUCCCGGAAUGCCAAGACAUCAGCAAGACAACACGGGAGUGGACCAGAACCAGAGACUUCCCAGAAUUCAAGACCGCAAAGAUGGAGGACACGUCUUUCUAUGACCUGAAGAUGAAAGUUGGGUUUCCAUAUUUAUACACUCACCAGGGUGAUUGUGAGCAUGUGGUUAUCCUCACUGAUGUCAGACUUGUCCAUCAGGAUGACUGUUUGGACAUGAAGCUCUACCCACUCAUCACUCAUAAGCAUAGAGUCGUGACUCGGAAGUGUUCUGUGUGUCAUCUCUACAUCAGCAGAUGGAUAACAACCAGUGAUGCUUUUGCCCCUACGGACCCCUGCCUGUUUUGUGACCAGUGCUUUCGAAUGUUUCAUUAUGAUGAUAAAGGAAACAAACUAGGGGAUUUCCUGGCCUAUGCCUACGUUGAUCCAGGCACAUUUAAUUGAUCUUAAGCCUUAGAUAUACUAUUAUGAUAUAGUUUCUUAAUGUAUAACAAAAAAUAAUAAAAACAAAUCUUUGUUCAUGUUUAGGACUUGAGUGUCAACAAUUAUGAUAUUAAAAGCUAUGUGCUCAGGAAUUAAAUUAUGAAUUGAAUGCUUAACCAAAUUCUCAUCACUAAAUUGAGUAAGAUAUGUUUCGCAGUAGCUCCGCUAUUAUUAAAGGGUCAAUUAAUGAAAUGAAUGUACUUUAUUAGGGCACAAGCCCAGAGAAGGCGCAGGGCUCUAUUGUUUUUCUAAGGAUUAUUGGGGUCCAAGCCACUAUGCUUUUUUUCAAGGUUUUGGGGGCUUUCAGGCCCUUAACAUUCUCAAAAAAUCUUGAAACUUUGCACACAGGUUGGAAUCUGCAGCUAUCAGGACUGGGUAGGGAUUCACAUGGGGGGGGCAAGGGGUCUGUCCAUGCCCCUUUGUUUUAUAGAGCCAUUUUAAAGGCCUCUGUAGCACACUCUGUUUUACCUACAGUCACCAAAAUUCAUACACCCAUAGAUCUCCACCCUGAACAACUUGGCUAUUCAGGGUUUAGUGAAAAGUGCAUGCUAUGGAAUUUAAGAUACUCCUCCUAGGGUUUUCAUCUGAUCACCACAAACUCAGUCAACAUGAUCUUGAGACAUUAGGGAUGCAAAAUUGUGAAGGGAUUUUUGAUAUCUCAAUAGGUUUGGCUGUGGUGGGGUGAUAAAAUUAUGUUGAGAAAUGAGAAACAGGAAGUGUCUAUUAACUAUGGCGAUAAAUGAGCAGAAGGAUGAGAAACGGGAAGUGUGUAUUAACUUUUGCAUACAUUGUCUGUUUAUAGUUUGUUCGUUGUAUGAGGCCCAUCACAUAGAUUUGACUAUUAGGAGUCAAAGUUAUAGCGCCACCAAAUGGCAGCAGGAAGUGAGGCAUUUUCAAAAUCCUUUGAAAUCAGACUCUAAUUUUCACUCAACUUCAUCAUAAUAAUGUCAAAACAGGGCAGAUGUUAAGCCACGAAUCCAUUUGUAGAACUGUAUAUAUUUAAUGAGUGCUGUGUGAUACAACAAUGAAGGCAACCUUACCUAUUAAUUUAUACUGUAUAUAUGAAUGCAUGGGUCAAUGUUCAGUAUUACCCAUUAAUGUUUGGUCUUCAUAUUUUCAGCACAAUGUGGUUAAUCUGGAAUUGGUUUGGAAAGUGAAUUAUGCAUAGGAAAAUCUUUAAAGAUAUUGUUCUAAACUUGGACUUUAAGCUAUGCAGAUAGACCUAAUGUCAGAGGGGCCAUACCAUGGCCACCUCCGACAGCAUCGGCCAAUCAAAACACUGGAACUGAAAGGUGCCAAGUUGAAAAUCCCUCAGGAAAGAUAAAAGGUUCUCUUCAACACAAAGAAGUGUGCUAAGCUGUUGUUGAUCUACUGUGUGCGCUAAGAAAAAUGUGGUAAGCCAAGAUGUGCUAAGCUGCAAGAAAAUUUGGGGAGUUUUGGAAACUGCCACAGCAACAAUGACCACAAACUUAGUGUCCCCCAUUUUCUGCAACAACUUCAGAGCCUUCUCUUCAGUGGUCCUCCAUUUGCGAGUUCCAAACUACUAGGAUAUUCUCCCACAACUUCAGAAUUGUCUCGUCAAAGAUCCUUUUCCUGCAUGUUCCAGGUUUUCUGGAUAUUUUAUACCUUCAAGGCUCCUCUGUUUGCAUGUUUCCAGACCAAGGACCUUCUCCGUGCCUUCAAAUGGAUCUGAUUUAUUACUUACCACUGCAGCAUUGUCCAGUUCAACAAGUGGAUGAUGUUGUGGCCCAGACGUAUUAGUUGUCAGUUUAUGAUUAUCUAAUUUGCAUUAGAUUUUAUAUAACUGAUGUCAGUUAGCAAACAAGCUCUCAAUUUAUUUGUUGAAUCUAGAAUAAGGUUUACCUCAUUAAUUCCAGGAAACUACAGUUUCCAUAAGAUAACGUCUACAGUAACAUCCAACUCAGUCACUUGCACCUACCUCUCUCUCUUUUGCACUUUAUCCAUUCAUUGUACCCAUUUAGUAGUUGUUAGUUACUCUUGUCCAUCCGUUUGUUAAUAAAACCUAUUUUAUUACA